AUGACGACUUCCAAGUCUGAGAAACGUAUGAGCGGUCAUUUUGGCUCAAAAUCAUCAGCACCUAGUCCAAUGAAACGGAAUGACGGAUUAUUAACCAUCGAGCGGUCAAGUUUCGGCAGCCCUUCCGCAAAGAGGCGGAGUCUCCAUGGACCAAGUUCGGACUUCAACAUAUUCGAAUCAGAGCCGCAAAGCGGCGCAUCGGAGAGACGGUCCAUGGAUGAUGUGGACUGGUCUGCAAGAUAUGGACUUCCACCAACGAACUCAUACUUCAAUACGAUUCCGAAAAGAUCGUCGUCCCUUCGAAAGUCAACGCUCCAGCAACGCCAACUCGAACGGCCUGCCAAUGCUAAAGGCUCGUCUUCCAUGCAAUUUGCAACAGGCACACCAGGACCACAGAAUCAGAAGAAGGGACAACGAAGCUCUCUCGACAACCAUCUCCCGCCUAUGCAGCGUGACAGUCCUUUCUCGAGCCAGGGGAUUCUACUCAAUGCUUCAAUCCAUCCGCUUGGUCAAGGCCAAAGUCAGAGCCAGAGUCAGAAUCAAAGCGCUCAAGCUUCACAUCCUCCGCACCCUCUUUCUCGGACAAUGACCCAGUCGUCGUCAACAUCGAGCAUUGCUGACGACUCGCCAACCCACGAGCCGGUCCAUCGUCCGGAUCGACCAAAGUCAAUGUUCGACUUUUCAAAAUCACUUCCGAUUGGUGCUUCAAGACCCUCAGUCUUUGCAGAGGAGGAUUCUCAGGAGUCUUCGCAAGGUUCUUUCGCAACACCUGCCAAUUACAAAUCCGCCAAACCACUACCAGCUGCUUUCAUGUCCACUGGACUUAUAUCCAAGAAGAACCGAAAUGUCGAUGAUCCUCAUGGAGGCUUGCCGAAGGCCCAUAUGCCGGAUACACCUUGUAAGAAACAGAUGAUACCGUUUCCGGCUGCAUCGAACUUUGCGCCUGCUGGGGCAGCCAAGGUGGCAAAGCCGGCGAGGCAUUCUUUCGGCACGCCCUCUACUCCACUGAAUUCUCAUCAUAGUGUAGUGAUACCGGCGCCCUUUACUUUUGGUAAGGGGAUAGGCAUAUUUGGUGCAACUGGUGGCAAGAACAGUUUAACCAAGAAAGCUAGCUUUGCCAGCAUUGAUGGGGAGGAGAAUUCUCAGCCACAAUCGCCGACUCCCCGUGACAGCCAGACUUCGACAGACUCGGAGUACCCGCCGACUCCUACCAAACGUAUUCUUGGAGAACACCAGAGUGUAUCCCGUCCUUCCAAGUCGGGAUCAGGGGAGAGAUCUCGUCUUUCAAGCAGCUUCAGCUCGAAGCCUGCCACGACGUCUAGGCUGACAAGCAGUAAGUUAUCUCCUAUUGGAGCUUCUCCAGGAAGCGUCGACGGGGACAGUGAUAGCGUAAUGGAAGAUUCGCCUUCCGCUAGCCUGAGACCUAAGUCGACGUUAACUGCCAUUUCCGCUCCUUCUUCAUCGUUCACCCGAGGCCGACUGCUGAGGAACCUAAAUUCCCCUACCCCCCUCUCGCGGAAGGCUCUCACUCUUCCUUCUUUCGGCCUCUCGCCAAGAUCAGGACGUACUAAGUUAGAUUGCCUUUCUCCAGUGAGCCCCCACCACGAACCAAGCCAACGAAGCUCGCCCCGUACACCGCAGGAGCAUCUCCUACCUCCAGAUCCAAGUGGUCUGUCGAUAUCAGGGCAUAGCGAUCGACCCUUGUUCCACCGAGGAACAAGCAGUGCAUCUGGAAUGCCAGCCACGCCAACCGGGCCUCGAGACUAUUUCAAGAGCUUCUCAAAUCGGCAGAGCCUGAAUCUCACUGCGGGAGAGUCCACGGAUGUUGACCAGUGCCUGCUAUCCAAAUUCGAGAGAGUCGAGCUGGUUGGGACUGGCGAGUUUUCUCAAGUCUACCGAGUCGUGGCAGCUUCGAAUCCAUCCCCUUACCACUCUCUGUUCUCCCUUUCGGCAACUAGAUCGUCAUCUCGAAGCUCUCUCCCUGAACAGGUUUUUGCCGUGAAGAAGUCCCGGCAUGUGUAUUCUGGAGCCAAAGACCGACAACGUAAAAUCCAUGAAGUUGAUGUCCUGAAGACUCUUGGCCACACCGACCAUGUCUUGUCCUUCGUUGACAGCUGGGAAGAUCAAGGUCAUUUGUACAUCCAGACUGAGUUUUGUGAAGAAGGGACCCUAGACAUUUUCCUGGCCCAGGUUGGCGUCAAGGCUAGACUUGACGAUUUCAGAAUCUGGAAGAUACUCCUUGAAAUGUCAUUGGGACUCCAACACAUCCACGAUUGCGGAUUCAUUCAUCUGGAUCUCAAGCCGGCCAAUGUCUUCGUCACUUUUGAAGGGGUCCUCAAGAUUGGUGAUUUCGGUAUGGCAACCAAAUGGCCGGCAAAAGCUGGCAUUGAGGGAGAAGGAGAUCGGGAGUAUAUCGGUCCGGAAAUUCUGAUGGGACAAUACGACAAGCCAGCAGAUAUCUUUGCGCUUGGACUGAUAAUGCUCGAGACUGCGGGAAACGUUGAAUUGCCCGACAAUGGUGCAUCAUGGCAGAAGCUUCGAAACGGGGAUAUGAGCGACGUGCCAAGCUUGACGUGGAGUUCUGAUGAAGCAAGCCAUAUCUUCCGUGACGCAUCUGGAAAUCCUCUGUCGGAGCCGACUUCAUUCGAUGACGACGACCUUGGCCAUCGUGAACAACAGCAUUUGGUUUCAACCAUGAGAGACUCCUUUCGUGGGUAUGACGAACAAUUGGUGGACGAUCGUAAAUCUGUACACCUUGCUCGCAGUGGGGAGUUGGUCGAGCCACCGACCUUCAUGGUAGAUCCGAAAAACGAGCAAGCCCUUGAUACGAUAGUUAGAUGGAUGAUUUCACCAGAGCCGCAUGAUCGCCCUAUUGCCAGUCAGAUCCUCCAGACGGUGGGAGUACAAUGGGCAGAGACACGACGACGUGCAGGAGCAACAGUAUAUGAGGGAAAUUGGGGACCAGCCGACCAUGUCCUCGCCAAGGAUGCGGAAAUGAUCGACGUGUAA